AUGUCCAUCUUGAAGUUUCACUGUCGCCUUCUGCGUUGUGUUACCAAAUGCUUUAAGGUCACGACCGUCAGCUAUCCAUCCACAAAACAUGGCUACACAAAUCUUGAUGAGGAACCUCAGGAUCCUAUGACAGAACAUACCAAAAUGAAAAGGACAAUCAUCCUGGAUCUUGAUGAAACGUUGGUUCACUCAACAACACAAAUUCCGGGAGUUAAAUAUGAUUUCAUGGUGAUGGUGAAAAUGGAAAUGGAGAUAAUGCCCAUCUUUGUGGUGAAACGUCCCGGUGUGACUGAAUUCUUGGAUAGACUUGGUGAAAAUUACAAAGUGGCGGUUUUCACAGCCGGUCUAGAAGAUUAUGCUUCACAGGUUUUGGAUAAGAUAGACAAGAACCAUGUGAUCUCACAGAGGCUAUAUCGAGACUCAUGCACGGAAGUGAACGGGAAAUAUGCAAAGGACUUAUCUUUGGUAGUGGGGGAAGACCUCAGAAGUGCUUUGAUUGUUGAUGACAAUCCAUCUUCGUACUCAUUGCAACCAGAGAAUGGAGUGCCGAUAAAGGCUUUUGUGGAUGACCUACAAGAUCAAGAACUGCUGAAACUUGUGGAGUUCUUCGAAUGCUGUGACUCAUAUGAGGAUAUGAGGGAUGCAGUCAAGGAUUUGGUGGCGAACUAGCUGGUUUAAUGUGCAUAUAUUGUAUCUCUUUUUUU